AAGAAGAAGAAGAAGAAGAAGAAGAAGAAGAAGCAGAAGAAGCAGAAGAAGAAGAAGAAAAAGAAAAAGAAGAAAGUCGGGUUGUAUGUCAUCAAAGCGGAAAUCAUUUAACAUUGAUCUGAGAUGUACUACUAUCGUUAUGAAAAUGCUGAGGUCAGCUGCUGCUACAAGUAUCUGAUGUUCAGCUAUAACAUCAUAUUCUGGCUGGCGGGAGCAGCAUUUAUUGCUGCUGGUUUCUGGGCCUGGAGCGAGAAGGGAAUCCUGUUGGAUCUGACCCAGGUGACCCGGCUGCAUGGUUUUGACCCAGUCUGGCUAGUCCUGGUUGUUGGCGGCUUCACCUUUACACUGGGCUUUGCCGGGUGUGUAGGAGCUCUAAGAGAAAACAUCUGUCUGCUCAAAUUUUUUUCAGGUGUCAUCGGCUUGAUCUUCUUUCUGGAGCUGACUGCGGCGAUCCUAGCUGUGGUAUUCCAGAGUCAGGUCCGAGCGUGGAUCAAUGAGUUCUUCCUGCAGAACAUCAAGGCAUAUAGAGACGACAUUGACCUGCAGAAUCUCAUUGAUUCCCUGCAGACAAUGAACCACUGCUGCGGUGCUCAGGAGCCAGAUGACUGGAAUCUGAACGUUUACUUCAGGUGUAAUGAAACUCACCGCAGCAGAGAGAGAUGUGGUGUUCCCUUUUCCUGCUGCAUAUCUGAUCCUGCUGAAUCUGUGGUGAACACUCAGUGUGGCUACGAUGUGAGACUGAAUCAACCGCUGGAGUGGGAAAGUCUAAUCUACACCAAAGGUUGCAUUGCGGCAUUGGAGGAGUGGUUACCUAAAAACCUAUACACAGUGGCCGUUGUGUUCGUAGUCAUCUCUCUGCUGCAGAUGGUGGGAAUCUACCUGGCCAGAACCUUGAUCUCUGACAUUGAGAAGGUGAAGCUAAGCCACUGAAGUGUCCCCCUGCAACGAGCGGAGCAUACACCAGGUGUUACAGGAGUGUUUCUGUCAUUGGAUGUGCCUUCUUCUUACAUCAUCAGUGUGGUCUUCUUAUGGUGGUUGCUAUGGUUACUGUCAGAGUUGAUUAGUUUUAUUGAUCAGCUGAAGAAUGCCACCUUGUGUUGCUGGUUCUGUUUGUGUGAAUGCUUUCAUUUUGUGUAUUUCAACAUUUACCAAACAAUUAUUGAUCUGUGACUACAUCCACAUACUUUUCACCCAAUGUGAAACAACAUUUUGUUGUUGUUUUUUUUAACUCUUCAGUAUGUUGAACCAAUGUGACGAGAUCAAUUAAUCCUUGAAAUACAGUACAUUUUUUUUUGUUUUUCGGCCCCAAACUACUCAAGCUGAACGGUUUCCUCAUCAAUAAAUUUUUCUGUGUAAAGUUCUAAUUUCAACUGGGCCAGGUACCAGUCUGAAACUGGUCCCGGUUCAGGUUUGGACUGGUCUGCAGGCUGAAAUCAUGAUGGGUCAAGUAUAAAAAAGUACCAGUAAACGAUGCAUCAGGUCAGAUCAUCACAUUUUAAAAUUUGAAUCUAAAAUCUUGACACUGGAAACGUUUUGUUGUUUAAAUAAAAAUUUGUUUUGAAUGAUGUAUGAAUAUAGUUGAAUGUUUGAUCAGAAACUUUUAUUUUCUUGAAUAUGAAGCCAGUCUCAAUGAUUUAUUGUGAAGAAACCGAGUUUUUUAUAAAAAAAUUUUUUUUUAUCUUUUUCUAUUCAGAAUAUUAAACUUGAACUUUGCUCUCAG